AUGGAAUUGGCAGAGAUGUCUGUCUUCCAAGACUAUUUAGGGACUAAUGUGCCAAGUACAUGUACUACAAGUGAGCCAAAGACAAAAAAGAAGAGAAAAACUCAGGAGCAAGAAAUAAGACAGCCCACGAAGAAGAGAAAGAAAGUGGUGUCCAGCAAAAUAGCAACGGAUGCAACCCUUAUAGCAGUUGCAGAGAGCUUAAUGAUGUCAGAGCUGCAACCUACACCACAAAAGUCAACUACGCUUCCGGCACCACAACCGUCAGCCAGCUCAUUCGCAUCACAAGCAGUUGCUGAAAGUUUAGUGAUGACUAAGCUGCAAUCUACACCACAAGAGUCAACUACGCUUCCGGCACCACAACCGUCAGCCAGGUCAUUGGCAUCACAAGCAGUUGCUGAAAGUUUAGUUAUGACAAAUCUGCAACCUACACCACAAGAGUCAACUACGCUUCCGGCACCACAACCGUCAGCCAGCUCAUUCGCAUCACAAACAGUUGCUGAAAGUUUAGUGAUGACAAAGCUGCAAUCUAACCACAAGAGUCAACUACGCUUCCCGCACCACAACCGCCAGCCAGCUCAUUCGCAUCACAAGCAGUUGCUGAAAGUUUAG